CGUAUGAGAGUUUGUAUUCCGAGAGAGAGAGAGCAAGAAAAAAAAGAAAGAAAGAAAAAUUCCCACAAUGGCUGGCAAUGCAACGGCUAGUAGCUUGAAUUGCCAUGUGAAGCAAGGGCCUCUCUUAGAGCCCCUUGCGAUUAUCGGGAUAGGAGGAACACUAGCCGUUGGUCUCAUCUUUACCUUGAUUAUGUCCUUUCUUUGGUGGAAGAUGAAGAACCAACCAGAACCGGAAGAACACAAUGCGGAGCUUCCUCAUGAUCAUCAGCCGCAUGCUCCUAUGCCGGAACUACCACAAAGAGAAUUCCAUGCCGAUGAAGCCGCCACGGACUGCCCUGUCUGCCUUGAGGAGUUUGUUGAGGGUGAGAGCCUUGUUGAGCUUCCUACAUGUCUUCAUGCUUUCCAUCCUGCAUGUAUUGAGACAUGGUUGACUCGGAACCAUGCUUCUUGUCCUGUUUGUAGACUCCACAUAGAGCUUCAAGUUGACAAUGUUGUCUAAUUGGGCUGUUAGUCUAGCAAAAAUAAUAUGUGAUUUUAUGUGUGUAUUUAUAUUUAUAUAUAAUGUUGUUUAGAAUGAUUUGGCCUUUGUAUAUAUUACAAUUGAUCAAGUCCAAAAUUAUGAUAAUGGAAUAAACAAGAAUCA